AUGGGUCAUAUUUUAACGGGAUUAGAUAUUCGUACUGGAGAAUUGAGAAUUAAGGAACUUGAAAAAGUAAAAUUGCCGUGGGUAUCUAAUCCCAAAAUCCAAGAAAAGUUAUUUAACCUUCUAGACAAUGACUUAGCGAAAUUAAUCAAAGAAAAACUCCUCCGAAACUUUAACCCCUUAGCCGAGUUUAACUGUUUAAAAAUAGAAACAGGAAAGUUAUUUUCUACUAUUAGUCGUAAGCAAGCGGAUAAUUCAAUUUUUUUUACCACAAUUCAAAAAUUUAAUCAAGAAAUUAAAAAAAAUGUUCCCCCUAAUAAAUUUUUAGUAAUUGUUGACGAGGCUCAUCGUUCUCAACAUGGAGAAUUUGCUCAAAUUAUGAGGAGUUUGCUUCCCAACGCUGCUUUUUUGGGACUGACUGCUACCCCCAUCACUAAAAAAGAAAGGAUUACUUCUGAAGCCUUUGGGGAAAAAGAGUACAUUUAUACUAGCACUCAGUCG